AUGAGUUCACGCUGUCUUCCAUUUGUGAAGUCGGUUUGGGAGUCUUUCCGAGCCAAUUCAGGCUUGGAGCCGAGGCUUCUCGAUGGGCUCCGCGUCACCGCCGCACGUCCAGGAACGGUGAAUUUCGAGCUGGAUAUUCAGAAGGAACAUACUAAUCGUCUGCAAAUUUUACAUGGUGGGACGAUUGCUAGUAUGGUUGAUCUUGGCGGGAGUUUGGCUGUUGCUUCGAGAGGAUUGUUCGCUACGGGUGUUAGUACGGAUCUUAAUGUGACAUAUCUCAAUUCCGGGGGGAAAGUGGGGGAUAUCAUUCGUGCUGAGGCUACUUGUGAUAAAUUUGGAAAGACUUUGGCGUAUACUUCGAUUCGGUUUACGAAUUCAAAGGAUGAAUUGGUUGCUAGGGGGAGUCAUACGAAAUAUGUCUCGUUGGCGUGGAAGGAUCCGAUGAAUAUUACGGAUGAGCUGUCGCCGAGACCUUGA